UUUUUUUUUUUUUUGAUUUUUCAAAAAAAAAAAAAAAAAAAAAAAAAUUGCUUUUGCUUGGGAUUUUCUAUUCUGGUAUGAAAUGGAAAAUUGUGGCGUAUUUUUGCGUCAGUCGUUUAUUCGGUUUCGAUCGUUAAAGACAAAUUAGCAAACGUUCCAUUUUCCAUUUUUUUUACUUUUCAAACGUUAUCCUUUUAUAAAUACAUAAAAAAUGGCUCCCCGCAACAAGGAACAAGAACAAGAAGUCUUGAACUGGAUCUUUGAAGUUUUGGGUGAAAAAGUGCCUGCUGGUAAUUAUGAAGAUAUCUUGAAGGACGGUAUUGUUUUGUGCAAAUUGAUCAACAAAUUGGCUCCCGGCUCUGUUAAGAAAAUCCAAGAACGUGGCACCAACUUCCAGUUGAUGGAAAACAUCCAAAGAUUCCAAGCUGCCAUUAAGAAAUACGGUGUACCAGAAGAGGAAAUCUUCCAAACUGCUGAUCUCUUUGAACGUCGUAAUAUUCCCCAAGUUACCUUGUGCUUGUACUCUUUGGGCCGCACUACCCAACACCACCCUGAAUACACUGGUCCCUCUUUGGGUCCCAAGAUGGCUGAGAAGAACGAACGCACCUUCACCGAAGAACAAUUGCGUGCCCACAAUGCUGAACUCAACUUGCAAAUGGGCUUCAACAAGGGUGCAUCCCAAUCUGGCCAUGGUGGUUUCGGCAACACCCGCCACAUGUAAACCUAAUGUCUUCCCUAUCAUUAUUUGCCUUAAAUUAAGCUUUCAUCUUGUUUAUCAUAUUCGGUUUUUCCGUUUUGUUAUCACAUCAGAAAUAUUAAUAUACAUUUAAUUUAAUGAAUUU